CCGUCCUAUAAGGGUCAGUUACACCUGAAGCUGCUCCUCAGUUUAGAGGACAGGGCAGGCUGUGCGCUCAGGGUCCACUCGGCACUACUUGGACAAGCAUCAAGCAGAGAUGGCUGCAACUUCUGCUCAAUCGAUAGGGAGCCUGCCGAGCGGCUUGGGGAUAUGUACUACAGCCCCUGAUAUUUUUUACCUGCCCGAACUGGUGUUCGGUGGUUUGGUUUGGAUCCUCGUGGCAUCAACCCACGUUUCCCCACCGAACCCCCUGGGAUGGGUGAUGUUCGUCUCCGUCUUCUGCUUCGUCAUGACCUUCCUGUGGAUGAUCAUCUUCGGUGCCGGGUGUCACAACAGCAGUCCUGGUUGGGCCGCCGCUGACUUUGUUUACCACGGCUUGGCGGUGCUCUUCUACCUGAGUGCUGGGGUGGACUUGGCUUUCAUCACAAUCUUGAGUAAAACUGGAAACUUACGGAUCUACCAGAUUAACAUCUCUGCUGUGGUGUUUGCUUUCGCCACCACGCUGCUCUACUUCAUCCACGCCAUCCUCUCCGCCAUCCGGUGGAAGCAUUUCUGAAAAGCGACUUACAGACCUGCCAGAGCUGCCCCCCUGCAUCUGCUGGCCUCAAUGUUUUUGCUCAUGUCAGUGUGUGCGUGCGUGCGUGUGUGUGUGUCACAUUUAACACUCCUUAUACUCACAUCAACACUCAGUGGCUUUUUCUCAUUUAUUUACAAUGUCAUCAGAAAAGCUGUCGAACCAACACGCAUCACAUGACCGGGCGCAUACUGAAGCUGUAGUUUCUUAUUUUGUUUGUUUUAACUAUGUUUCAUUAAGUAGGAUGAGGGGGGAACCGGAGCCACAACAUUUAGAGCAGGCACAAACAAAGCGAUAGUAGGGAAAGAGCUUGUAAUUCCAUUAUCCGAAAAGAAAUUGUAUUGUUCAACGACACGUCUUUGAGAGCCAUCGAUCACUGAAGAGAUAUUGAGUUUUUAUCAUUGUUUCACUGUCAUUGUUAUCUUAAUUACCAUGAUUUCUAUCAUGAUGCAUGUAUAAUCAUUGGAAAAGAAACGGAGGACAGAGGGAAGUCACAACUUCAAACUGAAGAAGCUAUCAUUGUCGUCAAUAUACUGUGUUACAGCAAACAACAAGGUUUGACAAUAAUAUAUUUUUUAGAUUUAUUGUAACUCAUUGAGACCAUUUCAGACUGCAGUUUUUAACCAUAUGUAAUGGAAAAUGAACUAGCCGUAACCCAAAAGCAUGGAAAAUAAUCUACAGUUGUCUAGUUUUUAAUUGGUUUUACAGGAUAUCAGUGUUUGACUCUAACAAUCUGGAUCUUUGACAGAAAAAUCUAAAGGAUUUUAGUCGGGCAAAUCUCCACUAUACUCAUUAAGUAUUCCACGUGUCUCAAAGGAGAGAUAGAGAUGUGCCUGUUUUUGGAAUAUGCUGACUUUAUGUUUAGGACAUGACUCUGUCUUAGAAUGCCUGAGAACUCAGAUUUCUUGCUUUUUUAUUAUCCCACUGCUGUAGGAAGAGCCAAAGAACAAAAAAUAAAUGAAUAAAAAGUUAAAAACUCACUUUUGCUUGUUGGUAUCUAAAUUCAGACGUUUUACCUGAAAUAGAAAUUAUUAUAGUAUUAAUUUUCAAAUAACAUAAAUUUUGGGUUGUGAACAAAGGAUUUUUU